GUCGAGUGAAGCUGUAUGACCGAAGUGGUGCGCUACUGUGCGUGCUCAUAAGCUCCGCGCCAUGAACUCCGUCCGCGUGGCUGUUCUCGCGUUCUGUUUCGCAGGAGCUUUCGCUGGACUGGCCAAGCGAACCACAACGCUGCCGCCACAAAACAUCACAAGGGAGUGUCUGGAAGAGUAUGGAGUUGAUAUAGAGCAAACAGGCGGUUUUAGCGAAGAGGAAAUGUACUGCAUUCCCGCUUGCGCAUACAAAAACAACGGAAUAAUGAGGUCAGAUGGAACGAUUGAUACGGCAAAAGUGGAGUCUUACUUUGACGCAAACGACGUCGAAGAGAGAAAUAUAUUUUUCUCGGUUUACGAACCUUGUCGUGACGGUAAAACGCAUUGUAAAUUAGUUCAAUGUAUGUUCGAACAUUUGAAAUACCACUGGAAAGGGAGUCAAUCGAAUCCAAGUCCAAAUACGAAGCAAUUUCUUUCUCAGCUUGUUUAACAAUCUUGUGUAAUAAUCCAUUAAGUUGAGUUAAAAAUUCAUAUUGAUUGUAUGAAAGAAACGACGAGGAAAAUAAUG